AUGGCAACAUCCCCCAUACUGACUACUGACUUCACAUCUCCUCCGUGUGAGGACUGUCACUGUAUCAGAGAUACUGGAGCAAUUCCAACUCGAAAAGCAAAUCUUACUUUGGAAAUCAACAUGAAUUAUUCCCUGGCUUUCAAUGAUCUAAGCUCACCUCAAUCAUUAGAAUUCAUCACUACAUUAAAGCGGGAGCUUGAAGUCUUAUGCAAAGAAGCAGAUCCUGAAACCUUUAAAAAAGUACAAGUCAUCAAGUUAUCACCAGGAAGUGUUGUUGCAGAUAGCGUGGUGGAGUACAUCUAUCCAAACAAUGAAACUCAAAUCCAGUUUGUCAACACUCAGCUUGAUGGGGUGUUGACAAAUAUCUUGAAAAACAAAAGUAAUAUCAAAAAGAUUUCUCAGGCCUUUAACAAUUCUGGUGUGCAGUUAAAUGGACUCACCUUUCAGACACCUGAGAUUACAAAUAUCACAGAUCUGAAGCAUUAUGUAAAAUGCUCACAGUUUGCUAAUUACACUGCUGUGAUUGUAAAUGGUCAAUGGCAGUGUGAUGGACCUUGCAAAACAAACCCUGACUACUGUCAUCAACAUGGAGAAUGUCUCAAUGACAUUAACAAAGGGCCAACCUGUAGGUGCUACAAGUCUAGCCUUGAGCAGUUUUAUGGCCCACAGUGUGACCUCUUCCGUCGGGGUCCAGGUUUCUACGGUGCCCUGUUUGGAUCAUUGGCAGCAGCACUCCUGCUCUUGAUUAUAAUUGUCAUUGCUGUCAUCCUUUUCAAAAAGAGACAUACGGGCAUUCGGAAAAUAAGCAACUCCUAUAACAGAAGACUGUCUGCUUUUGAGGAAGAUUUCUUUGACUUCUCCAUUAACGGAGAUCACAACGUGGGAUUGGCAGGCACUUACACAUCAGUAAUCAAUUUUGACAACCAAUAG